UCAUUUCAAAAAUAACCUUUAACUCCGCACUUCACCUUAUCUUUUUAUAAAAAUAUCUUAAUAAUAAGCAAGUAAAGUAGUAUUGUUCCUAUGGUGGGAGCGUAAACACUUACAAUACCUUUAUGAAUACAGUCAUCAAAAGCUUCUCAAACAUGGAGGUGAGCUGCCGUGCCGCAAGGAUCUUAAACCGGCUUCUCCGGAAACCAAUCGGUGUUACAUCUUAUAGAAAUAUCACUGGCACAGCUGUAAAAGAGGAUGUUAACACAGAGCUGCUGACUGUAUUCAACCGUGACAUAAAAGAUGGUGGAGUAGUGCCAGUAUUCCGCAGAGCUCUACUCUUCCCGACUAGAGUGGCGCUACAAGAUGAGCUCGGUAUAUACACGUACGCCGGCCUGCAUCAGGCGGCCACAGUGCUGGCACAGGAGAUCGCGGCGCAGCUGGUUGGCGAGACAGAGAAGACGAUAGCUUACAUGUGUAAUAAUGACGCGUCACACGUUAUAGUGCAGUGGGCCAUCUGGAUGACUGGCAACAUCGCGGUCCCCUUAACCCCCCUCCACCCACCAGACAUGCUUAAAUACUACCUGACGGACAGUACCUCAAGCCUGGUCAUCUGCACCCAGGAGUACGAGAAGGUCCUCAGACCGAUCACCUUAGAGAUGCACAAGCCGCUUCUAAUAACUGGCAGGGAUAAGGAGUUGACCGCACAGCUGUACCAACCGAACUCCGCCUUCUUCAAGCCCAAGGCUGAUGAUAACCUGACCGAUUUCGGGAGGACGAACUCUUGGUACGGGAAUAAUGAUGCUCUGAUUAUUUAUACCAGUGGGACCACAAGCAAGCCUAAGGGUGUGAUCUGGAGCCACAGCAUGCUGCAGACUCAGAUAUCGUCGCUCCACUCCGCCUGGCAGUACUCCGCUAACGACGUAGUACUGCACACGUUGCCCCUACAUCAUAUACAUGGACAACUCAACUCCUUGAACGCGUCGCUCGCUGCGGGAGCAAGACUACGAAUGCUCCCAUCAUUCGUGUCUCACAGCGUGUGGUCCCGUCUCCUGGGCAUGGGCGAGCGAGACGAGACCAAAGUGACGGUGUUCCACGGAGUUCCGGCGAUGUACGCGCGCCUGGUCGCCGACCAUGAGAGGAUGUUCGCGGACUCCAAGACCAAGGAGUACGUGAGGACCACGCUAGCCUCGAGGAUGAGGCUCAUGUGCGCAGGCUCCGCGCCGCUGCCUGCUACGCUGUUCUUGAAGUGGGAGGAGAUAUCCGGCAUGCGUUUGCUGGAACGUUUCGGUAUGUCGGAAGUGGGCAUGGCCCUGAGCAACCCGUACAAGCCGGCGGAGGCCCGCGCGGUGGGCUGCGUGGGGCUGCCGCUGCCCGGCGUGGCCGCGCGCGUGGCCAGCGUCCGCGAGGACACCGGCGAGAUAGAGCCUGUCGUCACUGUCGAGACUCCGCUGCCCGAGACACAGAUAUGCCUGGACCGCCUGGGCCUAUCUUCCAAGGACUUCUUCGUAGAAUCAGAAAACUUCGAGUGGAAAGAGCCGAAGGUCACCAUACACAAGGAGGUCAGCGACGGCGUAUAUCAGGGAGAACUGCUCAUUAAGGGGCCAGCUGUUUUCAGCAGAUACUUAAACCGAGUACCAAAGUUAGACGAAUCAGACUUCACGAAGGACGGCUGGUUCCGCACAGGCGACACAGCGGCGUACCAAGACGGCAAGUUCAAGAUCCUGGGCAGAACCUCCAUCGACAUUAUAAAGACUGGCGGCUACAAAGUCAGCGCUUUACAAGUCGAGUCCGCCAUCUUGGACCACCCUAGUAUAGCCGACGUUGCCAUCUUAGGCGUCGAAGACGAAAACUACGGAGAAAUCAUAUCAGCUGUUGUCGUAAUCAAAGAUGAAGCGAAACUAACUCUUCAAGAGCUUAAAGAAUCAGCGGGCAAGAAGCUAGCACCGUACCAAUUACCCAAGACAAUGUUGAUCGUUGAUCAAAUGCCGAGAAACGCGAUGGGCAAACUGGACAAGAAAGAAAUUCGGAAAGUCUUCGGAAAACAAUUGUUGUUAAAAAAGAAAUAAGAUCGGUUAUUAAACGUUAAGUUUUAUGGUUA